CAAACUGGAUAGAGGGAAGCAUUGGAUGAUAAUUACUAAAGAAAUAUCACUUUUUCAUCUUCAAUACAUUUUCUAAUAAUGCAAGCAACCAUGGCAAAACAGGAUGUUAUCAUGCAGACCAAGACACCAUUUGAUCUACAGAUUUCCACAGUAUGAGCAACGUUGGUUUUUCGGCUACACGGGGGAUCAGCUCCGGCGGACCUGAUAAAGUCGACAUGUCUUUAGAUGAUAUAAUUCGUUUGAACAAGAAAGAGCAACAAGCAAGGAGGCCGGGCCCGGGGAACCGCAGGCCACUACAGAAGGGAAAGGUCUUUGUCCAAGGGAAGCCAGUUGGAGCGAGGGCCAGGGGACAGACUCAAAGACGAGGUGGUGUACCAAGAGGUGCGAUAACGAGAGCGGGUUUUGGAAGAGGCCGAAAGAUUCCCCCUCCGGUUGGUCGACGCCGGGGUCAAGGGGUUAUCACUGGACUGGCAGCCCGGAAGACUGCAGCACUACAGAAAGGCAUCAGUCCGCUCAACCGACCUGCGAUCAACCGGAAGUUACAGCCCUUCAACAACCGAUCACGGCCCUUCAACAACCAAUCACGGCCCUUCAACAACCAAUCACGGCCCUUCAACAACCAAUCACGGCCCUUCAACAACCAAUCACGGCCUUUUAUCCAACCAGCCCAAUACAGACAGGUGCAAGGCCAAAGGAGGCCCUACAGACAGACAGACGUACAGAGACGCCUCGACUCGACGAGACCCUUUCAGCAGCGGAGACGGCCCUUGCCCCCUGUCCAAACCCAGAGAGAAGCCCGCCAGGCCACGUUUCUCUCCCGCAGGGGCCUCAAGAUUCACGCCCAGGUCCCGAAGCCGACUUUAACCUCUAUAUCCCCUGCCCCAGUUAGAACCCGCCAGUGGCGCACGUCAACAAACAGCAGUGGGAUCCUGACCGUUUCCAUCGACAACCCCACUGCCAUGACACAGUCUGAGCCUCCUUGUGCUUGGUCCCUGCACCCCUCCGCCCCCACCAGCUCUGCCCCAGUCAAGGUGAAGGUGGAAGAGGAGAAGAAAACGGAACCACCUAAAGGAGUCCCCUUGCAGUUUGACAUCAACAGUGUGGGGAAACCGACUGCGAUGACUUUGAAUGAGCGAUUCCGCAUCCUGAAAGACGAGCGCGUCGCCACUGCGCAGACCAGCAAAGGCAGCCGAUUCAUCACUGUGGGUUAAGACAAUGACGCAAAGGAGAAGGGGGAUCCCCAAAACCUUUGUGUCCCAGACAGACACACACACACACUGAUCCCCACCUAUCUGAUGAUAUAGAACCGUUUUAAAAGGACCCUGAGCUGAUCCUCCUGAGUGAUUUUCCUUAUGGAGCAGACUUUGGGUAGAAAGAGAAUGAUGCAUUCUCAGUAGGAUGAGCCUAGUAUGCUGAUAUUUGUUGCUUACUUGCAUUCAUUUUUAUGAAAACAGUAGGCAUACGUUCUAAAUUGUAUGCUGUUCGAGUAAAUAUUAGGCAAACCAGAUUUGGACACCGCCUUUUUGAUAUAAAAAACAUCCUACCAUAAUUAUUUGACAUAUAUAGAUAUGUGAUACUGUUCUAUAGGAAAUGUUAUACUUUAAAAUGUUUUUAUAGUAACUACAAAGUCAUUUUGUUGAAUAAACCCCUAAUUAACGUA